UUACAUUUUUGUUACCAAACUCAAAUCAUAUAAACGCAAACCAAAAAUUUCAUUCCUUAAAAUACUUGGUCACGUUGGCAACAAUGGCUACGUCAACCUGACAAAAUUUAACCUCACUUUGAAAAAGAGUCACAAAAAACAAAAAUGUGUUUGCAAUGGUCCUAACAAAGCAUAAAGUAUUCCGUUUUACAUUUACUCAUUUCUUUGCUAUUUUAUUAACUGUGAUGUUUGUUAUAACCGUUUAUCUCCAAUUUAGGUUACUGACAGAGGAUCAUUGUAAUUGCCCUCGGCAAGAAAAAACAGUCAUACAGUACGUCGCAAAACCCAAAUAUUACGCAAAUAGGAAUUACGAGUCGAAUCAUAAACUAGCAGUAUUAGUACCUUACCGUAAUAGAUUUGAGGAAUUAAUCGAAUUCGUUCCAUAUAUUCACGACUUUUUAAGCGAACAAAAAAUUAAUCACGAUAUUUUCAUCCUAAAUCAGAUUGAUAACUACCGCUUUAACCGAGCAUCGUUAAUUAACGUAGGUUACCUUGAAACUAAAUCAAAUUAUGACUACAUUGCCAUGCACGACGUUGAUUUGUUGCCUUUAAACAAAAAUCUGACUUAUUCGUACCCCCGAACACCGUUUCAUUUGGCGGCGCCUACUUUACACCCUCGGUAUCACUAUGACAAGUUUAUAGGCGGGAUUUUAUUGAUUAACAGAGAUCAUUUCGGUUUGGUCAAUGGGUUAUCAAAUAAGUACUGGGGUUGGGGCUUAGAAGACGACGAAUUUUACGUGAGACUGAAAGACGCUAAUCUAAAUGUAACACGCCCUGAGAACAUAUCAACAGGAACCAAAGACACGUUUAGACAUAUUCAUGGAAAAGACCGCAAACGCGAUACUGCCAAGUGUUUUAAUCAGAGAGAAGUGACGAGAAGACGUGACAGACAAACAGGGCUCCACGACGUAAAAUACAAGAUAGUUAGUUACAAAUCAAUGACGAUUGAAAAUGCCCCUUUGAAUCUUAUCAACAUUGAGUUGUUUUGUGAUCGGACUAUAACCCCCUGGUGCGAUUGUUUAGAAGAAAAGACUGCCAAAAACAAAAAUUAGUACCCAUUGUGCCAUUUUAUUUAUUUUUGUUGUAACUCUUUGAUACAAAAUUGUUUUGUAAUAACUGGUUAAAGGAAUAAAACCAUUUUAAACUUGUCA